AUUCCCACAGAAUUCCAGCUAUCCCGGUAUUGCUUCUCUUCCUCUCUCUCGCCCGCGAUUGAUCGUUUGAAAUCGAUCUUUCUUCCUUUGCAAGCUCUAUAGCUCGUGCGCGGAAACGUUAUCCCAUCCCGCGCACGGAUGUCGCUGGAGCUGUGCAGUAGCAUGGGCCUCCUGGGAUUCUUCCAGCAAGCCACCGAUCACGAUCCAGCCCCUGCCGCCGAAGAUCGCCCACGCCCGAGAAUGCCGGUUCUCACGCCGCCACUGCAGCUGGAGGCGUCGGAUUCGUCGCCCGGCGGGGACGAUGCCAAGUCGGCGACGUCGAGGAUUGGCGGGAUCGGGCGCUACCUGGAUCUGUUCAAGGGCAUGGGCGCCGACCUCUCGCGCUUCCAGGUGCCCGUCCACCUCAAUUUCCCCAAGUCGCAGCUCCAGCUCUACGGCGAGAUGGUCUACUGCUUCACCCAGGACAUCCUCUCCCAAUGCGCCGACGCCGCCACGCCCAUGGAUCGCUUCCUCCACGCCCUGCGAUGGCACAUCUCCGCCACUCGCCAGCCCCACUUUGGCAAGGCGCCGUACAACCCCAUCCUGGGCGAGACACACCACGCCUCGGUGGGCGAUCUCAAUGUCCUCCUAGAACAGGUCUCUCACCAUCCGCCCGUGAGCGCGCUCUAUGCCACGAACGAGAAGAAGGGAUUCCAGCUCCGAUUCUGGCACCACGCGUCUCCCAGGUUCUAUGGCAGCGGCGUCGAUAUCACGAUCCAAGGCCGCAGGCUCCUCAAGCUCGCGCGGCACGGCGAAUCCUACGAGAUGACCUCGCCCAAGCUGGGGUUCCGGUUCUUGCCCGUGCCCGGCACGGAUUGGAGCGGCUCUACCACGGUGAGCUGCGCCGAGACGGGGCUCAAGGCCACGGUCGUGUACAAGAACAAGGGAUUCUUUGGAUUACACGGCUCGAGCAGGAGGAUCGGUGGCAAGGUCUGGGACACCAACACCGGGAACACGCUCUAUGAAAUCCAUGGCAAUUGGGACCAGUUUGUUUAUCUCAAGGAGAGCUCCAGUGGCACGACGAGCACACUGUAUGAUGCGAGGGCGGUGGUCGGGAAGCUCCGGCCUCCACAAGUGAAGAACCUCAACGCAAUAUCACCCAUGGAGUCGACGCUCGUGUGGAGCGGUGUGUCCGAGGGGAUCUUGACGAGAGAAGUGGACAAGGCUCGGGCGGCCAAGCUUUGCGUGGAGGAAUCGCAGCGAGCGCUCCGCAAGGAGAGGCAGGCCUUGGGGAUCAAGUGGAGCCCAAAGUUCUUUACGCUGUCCGCCGAGACUGGCGAUUGGGAGUGGCAGCAUCCGGAGCAGCCUGUUCCUCCAGCUCCACUCGUAGUUCCUCUUCCUUGAGCUUCUCGCCAGCCGAGCUGUGGAAACUCGCCCUUGAGCUUCUCGCCGGCCAAGCACUCUCUUUUCGUCGCCCUUGAGCUUUCUCACUAUCUCUUUUCGUGUGGAUAAACUAGGCCAGAAAACCAAGCUCGCGGAAAGAUCUGGAAAAGCCAGGGAUGAUCUUUGUGAGUUCCAAGCUUUCAUCAAGAACAAAAGAGUUUUCUUCCA